AUGGAAAAUGAAAACCAAACUAUUGUUGCACAAUUUGUCUUUCUUCAUUUCACUUGCCUGCCAAACCUUGAAGCAAUGCUGUUUGUGCUUUUCCUAAUCAUCUAUAUCCUAUCUCUUAUGGGAAACCUGCUGAUCAUUAUUAUUGUGGUAAUGGAUUCGCAUCUACAGACAGCCAUGUAUUUCUUUAUCUGCAAUCUGUCAAUGGCUGAAGUCUGGUACGCCACUGUCACAGUGCCUAAGAUGCUGGAGAAUCUGCUGUCAGAGAAGAGGACUAUUUCCAUUCCAGGAUGUAUCGCCCAAUACUAUUUCUUCUUUGCCUUUGGUACCAUUGAAUUGUUUAUACUCACCGUCAUGGGAUAUGACAGGUACGUUGCAAUCUGCAAUCCAUUACGUUACUCCACCAUCAUGAACUCUACGACUUGUAGAAAUGUGGCUAUAAUGUGUUGGCUUGUGGGUUUCAUGUGUCCUAUUUUGUCAUCAUCUAUGUUAGCUCAAAUAUCCUUUUGCAGCCCCAAUAGAAUCAACCAUUUCUUCUGUGAUGCUGGACAGAUAUUUCACCUAGCAUGUACUGACACAUCUAUCAUCCAAACAGUGGGCUAUAGCCUUAGUUCUGUCAUUGUAAUGGCUUCUCUUUUAUUCAUUCUCAUUUCGUAUGGGCAAAUUAUAAUUACAAUCUUGAAAAUGUCUUCUGCUGCUGCCCGGAGGAAGAUGUUCUCUACUUGUGCCUCUCACCUGUCAGUGGUCACCAUCUAUUUUGGGACUCUUAUUUUCAUGUAUGUCCGACCAGCAGUGAAAUACAAAUCGAAUGCGAACAAAAUAGUGGCUGUCUUUUACUCAGUGAUAACUCCUCUCUUGAAUCCUAUGAUAUACACUCUUAGAAAUAAGGAUGUAAAAGAAGCUUUUAAGAAAAACAUCAUUAGAAAUAGUCUCUAA